UUCUGAAGUCCAGGAUCUUGGAAUCCUCUGGCUGGGUCUCUUCCGGUGUGGACGCUUCCCUUGGCCCUGCUGCAUCUGUCUGCUCUGCAUCUGGCCGGUGUGGGACCGUCCACCGGGAGGACACGGACGCCGCGGAAGUCAGGGCACAAUGGAACCGCUGACCUUCAAGGAUGUGGCCAUCGACUUCUCUGGAGAGGAAUGGGAAUGCCUGAAUGCCGAGCAGCAGAAUCUGUAUAAAGACGUGAUGCUGGAAAACUAUAAGAACCUGGUCUUCUUGGGGCUUGCUGUGUCUAAGCCAUACCUGGUUACCUGUCUGGAGCAAAGGAAAGAGCCCUGGAAUAUAAACAGGCAAAAGACAGUGAUCUUGUUCCCAGCUAUGUUUCCUCAUCAUAGCCAAGAUGACUUUUCACCAGAGCAGAACAUGAAAUAUUCCUUCCAGGAACUCAUGAAUGGAAGUUGUGGGAAUUGUGGUUUUGCCAGUUUGUUCUUCAGAGAAGAAAGGGAAACGGUAGAGGAGAGUGAAGUUCAGAAAAGCUGUUACAGUGGGCGUGACCACUUUGUGACAACUGCUCAUAGCAAAAGCUCUACUCCCAGGAGAGAUCAAGAAAACCCUCAGCUUGUGUCAGUUACUUAUGAAGAGCCGUGUGCUUCUUUCAGUAAACAACAGAAUCCAUUUUUGAAACAUGCCUCUUCUUUUAAAGAUAAUUUGGGAAAUACACAGAGGGGUUUAGUCUGUUCUUCAGUUAAUGACUUCAACAAUUUCAAAUGUAGCUUUGGGUUAAGCUUUCACUCAAACAUUUUUGUAGGCGAGGAACUUAAAAAUGAAGAAAAAAUUUCGAAAUGUAAUCAAUUUGAAAAUGCCAUCAUGAAAAAUUCAUCAGAAUAUAAUCAACAAAUAGGUCUUUCAUGUGCCAAAACGCAGAGUUUUCAUAAAUAUGGCAGGGUCUUCACACAUCCAGUGUCACCUAACCAAAAUUCAAAUACAGAUAUUUUGGAAAUUCAGUAUAUAUGUAAAGAAAAUAGAAAGGCCUUUCCUGAGGAACCUACCUUAAGUAAUCACCAGGGCACGUAUAUUGGAGAGACAGUCUAUCAGUGCAAUGAAGGUAAUAGUGACUUAACCCACGAGUCAGAUCCUGCCAAUCAUCAGUCUGUUCAUUUUCCAAAGAACCUGUACAAAUGUUACAAAUGUGACACAGCCUUUCAUCAAUACUCAGAACUCAUUAUCCACCAGUAUAUCCAUAUUCAAGAUCAAAUUUCCAAGGAUAUGGAUUGCAACCCAGCUUUCAAUCAAAGCUCAAGCCUUACUAGAAGCCAUGCUGGAGAGAAGCCCUACAAAUGUAAGGAAUGCGGCAAAGCCUUUACCUAUUGUUCAAGCCUUAGGCAACAUCACAGGAUUCACUCUGGAGUCAAACACCACAAAUGCAAAGAAUGCGGCAAAGCCUUCUACCAUAAGUCACUCCUUACACAGCACCAGAGCAUUCAUGCUGGAAAGAAGCCCUACUGCUGUAAAUUUUGUGGCAAAGCCUUUAAUCAAAGAUCCACUGUGACUCAGCACCAGAGAAUUCAUACUGGAGAGAGGCCCUAUCAUUGUAAAGACUGUGGCAAAUCUUUUCAUCAAAGAUCAAGCCUUAGCUUGCACCAGAGGGUUCAUACUGGAGAAAAGCCGUACAAAUGCAAAGAAUGUGGCAAAGCCUUCAACCGUAAUUCACUCCUUACUCAACACCAGAGAAUCCAUACUGGAGAGAGGCCCUACCAUUGUAAAGACUGUGGCAAAUCUUUUAAUAAAAAGUCAAGCCUUACUCAACACCAGAGAAUUCAUACCGGAGAAAAGCCCUAUUCUUGUAAAGAUUGUGGCAAAGCUUUUAAUCAAAGAUCAAGCCUCAGCUUACACCAGAGAGGUCAUACUGGGGAGAAACCCAAUAAAUGUAAUGAAUGUGGCAAAGCCUUUAACCGUGUUUUCUUCCUUACUCAACACCAGAAAAUUCACACUGGAGAGAAGGCUUACCACUGUAAAGACUGUGGCAAAGCUUUUAAGCAGAGGUCAAGCCUUACUCAACACCAGAGAGUUCACACUGGAGAUAAGCCCUAUCAUUGUAAGCACUGCGGCAAGGCUUUUACUCAGAGAUCAAGCUUUACUCGGCACCAGAGGAUUCAUACUGGAGAGAAGCCCUACAAGUGUCAAGAUUGUGACAAAGCUUUCAGCCGUAAUUUACUUCUGAUUCAACACCAGAGAAUUCAUACAGGAGAGAAGCCUUACCACUGUCAAGAUUGUGGUAGGGCAUUUAAUCAAAGAUCAAGCCUUACUCAGCAUCAGAGAGUUCAUACUGGGGACAAGCCCUUUUGUUGUAAAGAUUGCGGCAAGGCUUUUACUCAGAGAUCAAGCUUUAACCGACACCAGAGGAUUCACACAGGAGAGAAGCCCUACAAAUGUAAAGAAUGCGAUAGCACCUUUAGGUGCAGUUCCCACCUUGCUGAGCACCAGUGCACUCCGUUAGGCAGCUGCUUCCAAGACACAAAGUUUCUCCAAUAUAUGUGAGUUUAUUCAGUUAAAACCAGUUAACAUACACAGAUGGAUUUAUUUUAAAGGCUUGUGCCAUCGCACCCGGCUCCACGAGAUGGAUUUAAUUUUAAAAUGUGUAAUUUGCUUGAUUAUUUAAAAGAUAAUUCUUUCGGUUGCAAUACCUUACUGGAUUUUCAGAAUCACAUUCUCGUUUAAUUGAAUAAUAAUGUUUUUUUUUUUUU